UUCUCAAAUUACUUUCAUAAGUCACAUACGUGUGGGGAACAAAAAGUUCCAACCAUAGUAAAACUUACCCCCGAAUUGUUACAUCAUGUUUGUUCCAUGUAACCAAUAACUUCAACUUUUUUUCUUUCUUUCUAGUACCAUGUUGGUUGCAUUUACUACUUAUAUAUGAGAUCUUAUUAUAGACCAAGUUAAUGCAAUAUUUUUUAUCUUUCACAAAGUUGAGUUUAAGAUUUUAUAGUUUUGAUCAUGAGAGACAUGUAUGAAAAACAAUCAUCAUCAUCACCUGAAGUUUCAAAUUAUGCAUCAAGUAGUGGCUUAUCUGGAGAUGAUAAAGAGAUUGGUUAUAGAGCUACAACAUUAAAUCAUUCAUAUCUUUUGCCCAACAUAUCUUCCCUUCACAAAUUACCUAUCAAAAUUGACCUCAAUUUUGCUCGCAUGGUAAUGGCAGAGGUGGUGGGAACGUUUAUUUUGAUGUUUUGUGUAUGUGGGAUCAUUGCUAGCAGCAAACAAACUCAAAAUAGUGCAGUAGGACUUCUGGAGUAUGCAGCUACAGCAGGAUUAACAGUGGUUGUAAUAAUCUUCUCUAUCGGCCCAAUUUCUUGUGCACAUGUUAACCCAGCUGUUACAAUAGCCUUUGCAACAAUUGGUCAAUUUCCAUGGUUCAAGGUUCCAAUUUACAUAAUAGCACAAACAAUUGGUUCUUUGAUGGCAACAUAUAUUGGUAGUCUUAUCUAUGGCAUAAAAUCAGAUAUUAUGAUGACUCAACCACUCCAAGGUUCCAACUCUGCCUUUUGGGUGGAGCUUAUUGCAACAUUCAUCAUCAUGUUUUUGGUUACAGCUUUGACAUCUGAACCUCAAUCAGUGGGUCAUUUAUCUGGGUUUGUUGCUGGAAUUGCAAUUGGGCUUGCUGUACUAAUCACAGGCCCUGUUUCAGGUGGAUCAAUGAAUCCAGCAAGAUCACUAGGUCCAGCAAUUAUAUCAUGGAAAUUUAAGGACAUUUGGAUAUACAUCUUAGCCCCAAGUGGAGGAGCUGUGACAGGAGCUUUAACGUUUCGUUUCCUACGUCUUCAAGACCAACAUUGCAAUUCCCCAAACAUGACUGAAGUUGGUCAUCCCAUACCCUAUUGUGCAAGAAGAAGUGGCAACAUGAUUUUGCUGGUAGAGAAAAAUUGGAGUGUAUUAUGUGACAGAAUAGAAGGGUUUAGACAAAGAUAUGUCUUAAGAACAAGAGUAUCAGAUGGUGUUUAUCAUAAGUUGUCAAUGUAAUUAGUAGACUUUGUUAUUAUAAGUGCGACAAUAAUAAAAGUUGCAGUUA